AUGAAUGCCAACCCAAUAUGUUCAUGGUGUCAUCGGCAUGCUGAAACGCCAUUACAUGUUCUGUUUACGUGUAGUUUUGCUCAAGAAUUGUGGGACCGUGUAGGGAUGCAGGAGGUGCUGGGAGUCGAGGACACCACUACGGUUUUGCAGGUGUUUCAACAGAUGUUUAACAGUAGUUCCCGGAGUAAAAAAGUGAUGUUGGGAUUAUUUUGUUGGAGCUUAUGGUGGAGGAGGAACUCUUGGGUAUGGGAUAGGAAAAUUGUUUCGGCCUUUGGAGUUCAAUCGAUGGCAUUGGGGUUGUUACAGGAGUGGCAGUCGAGUCAGGAGGAGUUGGGGGGAGGAGGGCGAAAUCGAGCUAGUAGUGCCAACAGGCAGUGGUGUAAACCUCCAGAGGGAUGGAUUAAAGUUAACAUUGAUGCUGCGUGUCAUGCUCAGCAAGGGUAUAUAGGCAUCGGGUCUGUGGCUAGAGACGAGAAUGGACAGUUCCUUCGGGCUUCUGGACGCAGAAUUCAGGGACGAUGGAAGCCUAGGGAGGCGGAAGCGCUAGGCCUAAAGGAAGCUUUAUUAUGGGUUCGGGAAUGGAGAACAAGUAAGUGCGUGUUUGAGAUGGAUGCGAAGACAGUAGUUGACGCGAUUUAUGGAGAUGGCGGAAAUUCUUAUUUUCAUACAAUUAUAGAAGAUUGUGUGGAUAUUCUUCAUCACUUUCAUGAAGUGGUAGUUGUUUUUGAGCGUCGAUCUGCGAAUAAAGUAGCUCAUGUGCUAGCACAAACCGCUUAUUCUAUGACAGAUCAUAUGGAGUGGAUAGACAUCGCUCCUGAUUUUAUCUGUAAUCUUUUAAGUGAUGAUGUUUAA